AUGGACCACCCACACAGACAACUACGGUCUAGAAAAGUGCGAUCUAGAAGUGGAGUCGAAGGCUCGAAGUCACGGACAGAACCUGUCGACGAGCAUUCGAUUGAUGAACCAUUGAUCGAUCCUUCUAUUGUAGAUCUAGCGACCCAAAGAAGAUUUGCCGUACUAUUCUUCAUAAUUAUACAAUGCUGGAAGAUUUACGAUGUCAUAAGUCUUAAAACUGGAGCUAACAAGAGUAUGGCUGGUGGUAUUUUACCCUUGAAUGGUUAUACUUUCUUCUUCAAAUAUGCGGUAGCUGAAGGUGCAUACCUUGGGAUUUUAUCGUUUAUGAACAUCCCUUACCUUAUGUUUUCUCCAUGGAAGUCACUUUUCUUUACAGUCAUAUUAAACAUGUAUACACUUGUGUUGGCAAGUGAUACCACAUUACCGAUAUUAUCCGGAAUAUUACUUCCAGUUUUGAAUUCAGUAUACAAGCGUAAAGAGCUUACCAUCGUUGGAGAUGCAGUAAACUCACAGAAUGUCGUUGAUAUGAAUGCCCACUUUAAGGGGAGAUAUACCAUUCAAUUCCUUCCUGAUUCAUCGGCUAAAUUUAAUCCAUUUCAAUUUGAAAAUUUAUGUUUGGAUUCUACACAAAAGUCAGAACAAAUCUACAUGCCAAUUGAAUUCAAUACAACUAAUUCUAUUGGGUUUUUACAAAUUGAACACCUCAACGAAUUGAAUGAAGCUCGAUACAUUAAUUUCACAUACCAGGAUUUGAGUAAGCUCCAAAAUCAGGACUACUCUCACUUGGAACAAUAUCCAAACCACGAAAGUAUAGAUGUCAGGGUAUUUUAUAUCGAGGUUCCAAUUAAUGAACCUGGUGCUUACAAGAUUAAGAGUGUAAAGGAUGUGAAGGGAAUUAAUAUCAGAUCAUACAAGUCCACAGUGUUGAUACUGUACUGUCCAAAUGUGAAAUACAUUCAUGAUUAUGAACAUGAUAACACACGCACCUGUAUUGGAAAACAUAGUGGAACUUUUGAUAUAAAGAAUCUGAAUUUGAAAUUCCCAAUGAUAAAUUCAUUCGGUGUUACACCUUUAACUGUAAAAAUUAAUACGAGAUUAAAUGGGAAGAAACAUUACGAUUUUGCAGUCGAAGUAGGCGAUGGUAACUCAACUUCGAGAAACAUUGGUGAUCUCUCUUGGUUAAAAUCAAACGAAUUCUCACAAGAUGCAAUUACUGCUGAAGUAAUUCUGAACCCAAAUUUAAUUCUGUCAAAAACAGUGGGAAUUUUAGAAUUUCAAAUUUCCGAAAUCGUUGAUUCCUUAGGUCAUGUCAUGAGGUUCAAUCCUACAUCUAGAAAUAAGGAUAUUUUCCAUUCUAUUGAACUUCAUAGAGAGCCCACGAUUCUGUUGAAUGUAGCCAACCCAGAUGAACUUCUUUUGAUAAAUGGUACCAAAACAUUACUUAUUACACCCAUCGCAUCAGAUUUUGGCCCUUCAGACUUUCCAUUGACUAUUGUACUCAAUUCCAAUCAAGAUAAUGAGCCACUUUUACUGCAAAAUGUUUCAAGAACUUUUGAAGAUUUCUCAUCUUUGAAAGCAGGUAUUCAAGUAGAUAAACCGGGGACUUAUACUCUUCUUUCAGGUAAAAGUAAGCAUUGUCCCUGUGAGGUCGACGAAAAGAAAAAUCAGGCUAUUAUUGAAGUCGCGUCAUUACCUAGUGUUGACAUUAAUGCUGAGCCAAUUGUUGAUAAGUGUGUAGGAAUGACCGGAUACAACUUCACAUUCGAUUUCUCCGGAAAACCACCUUUCCAACUUGAAUACCAGGUUUUCCAGGAACAAUCGAAUGGAUUACUUAAACCACUUCAUAACAACCAUGGUCAAACGAAAAGAUAUUUAAAGUCAUUUGAUCCACAGUAUGAAUUUGUAUACAAACCUCCAGGAGAAGGAACGUACCUUGUUGUUUUCAAGUCACUUAAGGAUAUGAACUACAAUGUUAAACCUAUUCUUUUGGACGAAAAGAAACAUACAUAUCUGACAUACUUUAAGCAACGCUCUCUGGCUUGGUUUGGAUCGAAACUUAAACUCGUUAAAACAUGUUUGAACGAAGGAACUACAAUCCCAUUGAAUUUCAAGGGUAACCCUCCAUUUUCCUUCGAAUACAGUAUUAUCGACACGACUAGUAACAAGAAGGUAGUCAAUGAAAAGGUUGCCAAUGUUGAAAACGAUACUUAUGAGAUCAAAACUCCUUUAUUUUCUAAAGGUGGUGACUACAGUGUUGUAGUUUCAGAUUUGAAGGAUACUUUGUCGUGUGACGUCGAUUUCAACUAUAAUGAUAUCAUCACUAUUAGAACUAGAUCUGAUAUCCCUAAGAUUUCUUUUGGUGAUAAUUUCAAAAACAAGCAUAUCAAAAUAGUCGAAGGUGAUUCUUUACGUAUCCCUCUUAAUCUUAAAUCAUCUACGGGUAUCUCAGAUAAUGAUUCGCUUGGAUAUUCUAUUACGAGCUUGACAAAUAAAAGCAUUGUACAGAACCAUGUUUUGCGUGAUACCGAAAGAUUCCACGUUCAAGAAGAAGGUGUUUACGAGCUCUCUUCAUUUAAGAGUGGCGGUUGUCCUGGAAAAAUAUCCGAGUCAAAGGAAGUAGUGCAUGUUUCAUAUCACACUAAGCCAUCACUCCAUCUUGACUCAAGAGAGAGUAAUGUCAGCAGCAAGAUUGAUUCAUCAUUGCAUUUGAAACCAGUAUGCGAAAACUGUGCCAAUGGUAUUGUUUUAAGGCUUUUAGGUGCUCCACCAUUCGUUGUGGAUUAUGAAGUAACCUUACCCUCUGGGAAGGUUGAGUCGAGAACGAUCGCUGUAGAAAGCGAAGAGUUAAGCAUUGAUUUGCCAACCGAUAGGGCCGGUAGAUAUAAGCAUAACUUUAAGGCUGUGUAUGAUCAACAUUACACCAGAGAGAAAAUUGCAAGACUCAGAAGUAAAGGAAGGGCCCAACCAGCAUCUAUCGCUUCCAUAACUUAUGACGUGCACCCUCUUCCAAACGUUUUGUUUGAUAGCAAAGAUAAAUUUUUCCAGAUUUGUGAAUCUUCAAUUGACCCGACCAAGCCAAUUGCCAAUAUCCCAAUCAACUUCGUUGGCCAAUACCCAUUUAACAUUGUUUUAUCAAUGAUGCACGAGACAACCGGGAAAGUGGAUACUAUUCGCAUAGAUGAUGUGUCAGAACUAUCAUUGAAGUUGAACGAUUUGUACGAGUCCAUGACUGUAGGAAACCACAUACUUACAAUUGACGAAGUAAUUGAUGGUAAUGGAUGUAAGAGGAAUGAUUUCUCAGAACUUAAUAACUUUGUGGUUGCGAUAACAGAAGUACCGAAUAUUACAAAAAGGCUGUUACAGUCACAUUACUGUGUGGGAGACCACAUCAGUUACAAUAUGUCAGGGUCUCCACCUUUUACCGUAUACUAUGAUUUCAAUGACAGACACCAAAAGGCUGAACUGGCCCAAGUAUUCCAAAGAUUGGCUUCAAAGCCCGGAAAUCUUUCAAUUGUUGCCUUACUGGAUUCCUCCAUGAAUAGGUGUCUUGUAAAUUUCACUGAUAGUGCCAUUUUUGAAGAUCUUCAAAUUCAAAUCUACGACCUUCCAUCGGUGGAAAUUAACCAAGGUGACUUCAUUGUCCAAGAUAUUCACGAAGGUGAUCAAGUAGAAAUGGUGUUCAGCUUAGAAGGGGUACCACCUUUUACUCUUACGUAUGUUCGUUGGAUUGAAGUGAUUGACCCAAAGACCAAAAAAGAGAAGGGAUUCAAGAUUGUUGAGAAGAAGACUGUUGAAGGAAUUUGGGAGCAUGAAUAUGUAGUUCAUGCCAGCCUCGAGGGUACAUACGAGGCCGUGGAACUUCGUGAUGCAUACUGUGUUGCAAGAAGAUAUGAGGAAGAAUAUGAAUGA